UCUUCAGCACCUACUCCGACAACCAGCCCGGGGUCCUGAUCCAGGUCUACGAAGGGGAAAGAGCCAUGACCAAGGACAACAACCUGCUGGGCAGGUUUGAGCUGACGGGAAUCCCGCCCGCUCCGCGAGGGGUCCCGCAGAUCGAGGUCACCUUCGACGUGGACGCCAACGGCAUUUUGAACGUGUCUGCGGUGGACAAAAGCACCGGCAAAGAGAACAAGAUCACCAUCACCAACGAUAAGGGCCGGCUGAGCAAGGAAGAGAUCGAGAGGAUGGUGCAGGACGCCGACAAAUACAAAGCUGAGGACGACCUUCAGAGGGAGAAAGUCUCCGCCAAGAACUCCCUGGAGUCCUACGCCUUCAACACGAAGAGCGCCGUGCAGGACGAGAAGGUGAAGGGCCAAAUUAGCGAGGAGGACCGGAAGAAGCUGAUUGAGAAGUGUGACGAGACCAUCAGCUGGCUGGAGAACAACCAGCUGGCUGAUAAAGAGGAGUACCAGCACCAGCAGAAGGAGCUGGAGAAAGUGUGUAACCCCAUCAUCAGCAAGUUGUAUCAGGGAGGAAUGCCCGCCGGAAGCUGUGGAGAGCAGGCACGAGCCGGCUCCCAGGGGCCCACCAUUGAGGAGGUGGACUAAAGUGGCCCUUCACAUGGACUCUAAGAUCACCGGGACUGUUUGAAAUACCACUGUAACCUCCUUUUUUAACAUGUGGUGAUGAAUAAGUUCUUCCAUGUAAAUAUUGUUUACUGCAGAUGUUUAACAUACAGCUGAAACUAUAUGUCUCACGGUAAAAUAUCCUUUUAUAUGUGACACAUGAGGAUCCAAAAGUUUAAGAUAUCUUCCUUGUAAAAAAAAUUGUUUAUCUCUGAUCAAAACUGUUAUUUAGAAUUAACUGUGAUUAGAUGUUCACGUUUUUGUAUGAGUUGAAUAAUAAGAGGUGUAAAUAUUUUUCAUCUCUGCAUUGUGAUCAGUACUGUGGUUUAAAAUACUUAUUUAAACGGUAUAAUACGUAUAAACUGUAACUUUAUGUUUGGAUAAUAUGUGCCACUUUUCUGGUUUUCAUGUUUAUAGCUUCGGUUAAUCGUUCAUCUUUGAAGUAUUACAUUAUUUGUCACGUUGAUGAGGUAAAAAUACACGUUUCAGACACUACGAUCCACUGACACCUUAUUGUUUUAUCUUUUUUGAAUGAAAUGUGAGAUAAAAAUAAAGUUUUGUUAUCUUUGUAUUGUAAAAUAGACUGCAAAGUGCACACAAAUAACACCCGGAGCCACUUUAUUUAUCAAUAUGUGUGUCGAUCAUUUGCCGUUUUGUUAUACUUACAUAAACAUCACGUUUAUGCAUUUUAAAUAACUGCUUGAGAAUCUUUUGCAUUAUUUUCAGUCAUUAAUUGUGAAUUUCCAAGGUCACUUUUCUGCUCUGGUUGUCUAGAAAGGUCAGAAAUGUUGUUUUAUUAUGUAUCGUCACACCGGAAGCAAAAUCUGCACUCGCUUACUGGCCAGUGUUUUGAAAAACGUUUAAUGUGCAGUUAUAAACUUUAUACCUCAUGUUUGUAGUUUUUUGUCCUUCUAUCUAUGAUGUGUAACUUUAACAAGACAUUUUGACAACUGGCUUUUCCAGAUCUUUUUAUAUUGCUGUAUCGCUGGACCUUGCAAUAAAGAUAAAUGAACUUU